CAAUGGGUUAAAUUAUUUAUUUUAGACUGAUCUUCAUUUUGGGGUUUGUUUGCUUUUGCCUUUUGCUUAAGCCAUACCCGGUUCGAUGAUGAGGCAAUAAUGUACCCAAAAACCUCAAUUUCAAAUGCUGCAGCUGUACACCAAACUCAAAAGACAAGAGAGAGAAACUUAUAUGGAGACCUCUUUUUGUCCAAGUCUGAUCAUUGAUUCCAGUUGUGUUUUGAUUCAAGUUAUUAGUUUGAUGGGUUUUCAUUUCAAAAAGUUUCUAUCUUGAUGCUACUGUAGUUGUACAGACUUAGUAAAGUUAAAGUAAUACUAGUUAUAGGAAAGAACCAAUUUUUUUUCUUACUUCAUUAAUGAUUCCCUGAUAGUCAAUAAGUUGUUGCCAGUAUCACAACUGUGUUUUGUUUUGGUUCAGCUUCUGCUUUCUUGUGGUUUGGCAUCAUUAUGGGUCCUUUUUGAGAGCUUCAAAAGAGCUGUUGGGUAGGGAGAAAGAAACUUAGUAUUGAUCCAUAAAGUGUGAAGAGACCAAAGAGGCUGGACCACAUUGUUUCUUUUUUUCUCUUGAAUGGUGCAUACUCAGACGCUGGCUGUUUGUUGAGAUAUGAACUGUGUUUCAUGCAGUUUUCGCUUUCUAGUUUGUUGUUUUCCCAGUCGUUUUCUUUUAUAAAGCAGUGAAAUUUUUUCCCUUUUUUCAUUUGAGUUUGGUAAAGCCUGGUUGGUGAAGAAUUGCUCGCCUUUUGGCAAAAUUUAAUUUAUUUAGUUGAAUUGUCAUCUUGGGGCUGUGAUAGGAGGGUUUUGUUUUCAUGAGUUGUUAUGCUGGAGCUGGGGUUUUUGUCAAGCUCUCAGGGCUUUUCGUGAGGUGGAUUUUCUUGAUGAUGUCUAUGACUUGUAAAUUUGGUGGCUCUAAUGGCGUAGUGCCAGCUAGUUCCAAGCUGAAGAAGACGAAGGAGGCUUUUCAUGGGCUUAAUUGUGUCAAACGAUGGGGGAAAAAUCUUCUCUUUCUCUUACUUCUAGGUUUUGUUACUAUUCUCAGCAUUUGGUUUCUCUCAAGGCUUGAAACUGGGGCUUUGUGGAGGAAUAAGAAAACUCCAGAUUCUUUUGAAAAGAAAGCUAAAAUCUUUCUCCAGCACUUUAAUGUCAGCAACAACCAGCUCCAUGCUUUGGCUAAUUUGUUCUCUGCAUCAGAUCAGAUAUCAUCCCUGGAAUGUACCAAAGAACCUGGAACUGGAAUGCCAUUAAGCAAAAGCAUUGCCUGUGCUUUGAAGGUACCGUGCUCAGAAAAGCAGGAGUUACAAAAGCGGAAUAAAUUGGUUGCUGAAAAUGUAGAGCGCAAGGACCAGUGCCCGGUUAAAGAUGUAAAGGCUCCCUGGAAGCUUGACCGAUCGGUUCUAGCAGAUGUAUCUUUAGUUUCAAAACCCAACAUUUCACCAAUUUCACCUAGUUGGCAGAAUUUUAGAAAGAACCUAUUGCAAAUAAGUGCAUGGAGACACCAUGCAAGAGAGUAUUUUAAGAUUUCCUAUUUUUAUUUGGUCAAAGAAUAUUGGUGGGUCCUUGCUGGAAUGAUAUUAAGCUGCAUCAUUUUUGGUUUAUAUUUGGAAUUGAGAGGGACUGAGAUGCAUAUGCUGGCUCAGUCACAGCAACAACACAGGCAGCAACAUCAGCAGCCUCCUAAACGUGCUCGAAAGUGGAGGAGGAAGUUCCUACUAUUAUUUUUCUUGUUUGGUAUUUCAAUGUCCUUCUUCACGUUUUAUCACUUGUAUACAAAGAUGGUGGUGAAGAGGAAAGAGACACUAGCCAGCAUGUGUGAUGAGCGAGCACGGAUGCUGCAGGAUCAGUUCAAUGUGAGCAUGAAUCAUGUUCAUGCUCUGGCUAUUCUAGUAUCCACCUUUCACCAUAGAAAACAUCCAUCUGCAAUGGAUCAGGCAACAUUUGGUAUAUUUACUGAGAAAACAGCUUUUGAAAGACCACUUACCAGUGGUGUAGCUUAUGCUUUAAAAGUUCUUCACUCAGAUAGGGAACAAUUUGAGAAGCAGCAUGGAUGGACUAUAAAGAAAAUGGAAACUGAGGACCAGACCCUAGUACAGGAUUGUGUACCGGAAAAUUUGGAUCCUGCACCUGUUCAAGAUGAAUAUGCACCUGUAGUGUUUGCUCAACAAACUGUAUCUCACAUUGUCUCUAUUGACAUGAUGUCUGGAAAGGAAGAUCGUGAGAAUAUUUUGCGAGCAAGGGCAUCUGGAAAGGGAGUACUGACAUCGCCCUUUAAGCUAUUGAAGUCCAAUCACCUUGGUGUUGUACUCACAUUUGCUGUCUAUAAGACUGAGCUACCCCCGGAUGCUACACCAAAACAACAUAUUGAAGCUACUGUUGGGUAUCUUGGUGCAUCCUAUGAUGUUCCAUCAUUAGUGGAGAAGCUUCUGAACCAACUUGCCAGCACAGAAGAUAUUAUUGUGAAUGUAUAUGACACGACUAAUGCAUCUGCUUACAUCCGUAUGUAUGGUACUGACAUCUGUGGUAUUGGUCUACCACAUAUUAGCAGCCUUGAUUUUGGAGAUCCCAUGAGGAGGCAUGAGAUACACUGCAGGUAUAUGCAUAAGGCUCCUUUACCUUGGACAGCAAUAAAUGCUUCAGUUGGGCUCUUAAUAAUCACUUGCCUUGUUAGUCAUAUUUUCAAUGCGGCCAUCAGUCGAAUUACACAAGUGGAGAAGGACUAUCUUGAGAUGAUGGAGCUCAAAGCUCGUGCUGAGGCUGCAGAUGUGGCAAAAUCCCAGUUUCUAGCAACUGUUUCCCACGAGAUCAGGACUCCGAUGAAUGGUGUCUUAGGUAUGCUGCAAAUGCUGAUGCACACAGAUCUUGAUGCCGAACAAAUGGAAUUUGCUGAGACUGCUCUGGCUAGUGGGAAAGAUCUUAUCACAUUGAUAAACGAUGUUCUUGAUCAAGCAAAGAUAGAAUCGGGCAAACUUGAGCCAGAAUCUGUACCAUUUUAUGUGCAUUUAGUUCUUGAUAACAUACUAUCGCUUUUCUCGGGAAAAUGUAGUGAGAAAGGAAUUGAGUUUGCUGUAUAUGUCUCCGAUCAGGUUCCUGAAGUUGUCAUUGGUGAUCCUGGUCGGUUCCGCCAAAUAAUUACAAAUCUUGUUGGAAACUCAAUUAAGUUCAUACGUGACAAGGGGCAUAUAUUUGUCUCAUUGCAUCUAGCUGAUGAAGUGAGUAGCAAACCUGAUGUUCAGGACAAAGUACUGCAACAAAGUUUAAGAUCAGAUGAAGACGAGUCAAACAAGGAGUGCAGAUCAUUGAGUGGGUUUCCUGUGGUUAAUAGAUGGAAUAGCUGGAAAAACUUUAAGAUGUUAAACAACAAAGAUACUAUGGAGCAGCCUGAAAUUGUUAAAUUACUAGUGAGUGUAGAGGAUACAGGUGUUGGAAUUCCUCUUGAUGCCCAAAGCCGUAUUUUCACUCCUUUUAUGCAGGCUGACAGUUCCACUUCACGAACAUAUGGUGGUACUGGAAUUGGAUUAAGUAUCAGCCGAUGUCUGGUGGAGCUCAUGGGUGGGGAGAUUGGGUUUGUAAGUGCACCUAAUACUGGCAGUACUUUUUCAUUUACUGUAGCUUUUAGAAAAGGGGAAGCAGGUCCACUGGAUAAGUGGCAGCACUAUGAUCCAGCUAUUAGAGACUUCCAAGGAUUAAGAGCAUUGGUAAUUGAUGACAGAAGCAUUCGUGCAGAGGUCACCAGAUAUCAUCUUCAGAGGUUGGGAAUUGCUGUGGAUAUUACUGACAGUAUCCAAUCAGCAUGCACUUUUAUAUCUGAUACUUGCAGCCCCAGUAUGUUGGCACAGUUGGCUAUAGUUCUUGUUGACAAAGAUGUUUGGAACAAGGAAACUGGUCUUGCAUUUCAUCAGUUGCUCAAACAGCAAAGGCAAAAAGGAGGCCUGAACUCCAGAGUAGAAUUUCAAAGGAUUUUUCUCUUGGCUACCUACAUUAAUCCUGCAGAACUCAAUGAGCUGAAAUUGGAUGGUGUUAUAGAUUUGCGGAUGAAGCCUCUUAGGUUGAGUGCCUUGUUUGGCUGGUUGCAAGAAGCUCUUGGAAGCAACAAGAAGUGGGAAGUAAAUAGAAAGAAAAACAUUAAUCCUGGGAAUUUACUAAAAGGGAAACGAAUACUGGUGGUGGAUGACAAUAAGGUUAACAGAAGAGUGGCAGAAGGUGCCCUAAGUAAAUAUGGAGCAAUAGUUACUUGUGUUGAAAGUGGUAGCACUGCUUUACAGAUGCUUAAACCACCCCAUGACUUUGAUGCUUGUUUCAUGGAUCUGCAAAUGCCAGAAAUGGAUGGGUUUGAAGCUACCCGACAGAUUCGCUGCAUAGAGAAUAAGGUUAAUGAUGAGGUUGCUUCUAGUGAAUCAUCAAGUGAGAUAAGGACACUCUGGCAUGUACCAAUAUUGGCAAUGACAGCUGAUGUCAUUCAGGCCACAAAUGAGAAGUGUAUGAACUGUGGGAUGGAUGGUUAUGUGUCGAAGCCUUUUGAAGAAGAGCAACUUUAUUUUGCAUUGUCACAAUUCUUUGAGUCUGGUUGACAAGGUCAGAUUGAAAUGGCAGUGGUUAUUUAACUUCUGACAAUUGUUGGUCUUCUAUAUAUCUGGAUUGACACCCAAAGUGCUUUGGUUCAAAUAUCAUCAAGCCUGACUGUUAUCAGGUGGUAUACAGGCCAAUUCGUACCUCAUCAUUAAUGCCUUUCCAAUUAUGGAAUGUUGUGCUUGUGAGUUGUGACAGUACAUGCGUAAAUACUGGGGGGAGAGUAGUCAAAUGCAUGGUGUCGUAUCCUCACGACAUCAUAUGAUCACUUGCUGAGAUCAAUAACGCAAAAUGGUGGUCUUUUUUUUUUGUAGAUAUCUAAAUUAUUGAACUAAUUAAUGUCUUCUAUUGCUUUUCAACUGACAUUUUGUUGAAUCUUCCUUGAAGUAAGUAGGAAAAGACUGAAAGAUUAUGAUGCUAAAAUAUCCAUCUUUUAAGUUCUGAUGAGAUGAAUAAUCAUCUUUUCAUCUCAGGAGUUGCGUGAGAUACGUACAUGCAAAUAAGAGUGGGUGAAAGUUUGAAUUAUUCAUUUUAUCAGAGCCAAAAGUGGGUUUUCUGGGCAUUGUAUCAUUUCAUUCAAGUCUGCUUCACUUUGAGGGAGAGAACAAAACAACAAGUAUUGGAAAUUAAUGCAGUGGAGCUCAAGAGUAUUUAGGGAAAAACCUUGUAUCUUUGCUGAAAGAAGGCAUUUUCACCGGGAUUGCAGUAUUGGUAUGUUGAUGGAGAGGGUAAAUCUGUUACUGUUGAUUGUAUGUAAACUGAAAAGAAAGUCCAGUUUGUUUAGAACCCCGUGUCUUUGUUGUAUUCUUUCAUAUUUCUAGUAUCAUUGUAACAUAAAUGUGGGUAGAGUAAAUAAAUUAGUUGCUCAUAA